CACCCUGUCACAAGACUUCCAAUAUGGCCGCUAAGAUCGGUACAUCGAAUUUGGUCUAGCAAGCCACGAUCUUACUCUUUCUUUGUAGCGUUUUCGGCUCAUUUGAAUCCGCCGUUUUCGUUGAGAUUUAUUUAUUCACGUAAGUCUUUCAUUGUAAGGUCGCCACCUGACUGAUAGAAGCAUGGCUUCUUCAUUUGUAGUGGGGGAUAAAUUCAGGGUCAAAAUAAAAGAGCUGCUGAAAAAGACUGAUUCCAAUCUGCCUCAAGAAUUGAGAGUUAAGCUGAAUGAUAUUAUUGAGAAACCGGAGCCCAGCGUCCUUUCUUUCAGCACAGCAAGACAGCUCAAGAAAUAUCUGCAGGAUGAAGGACACCCCUUCUAUUUGUACCAAGUGUUGGAGGACAGCUCCCUGCAUCUGCCUGAGGUGGUGAAGCCCCCCAGAAAUCCGCAACUAGUUGCACGCCUGGAGAAGAUUAAAGCACGACUGGCCAAUGAAGAAUACAACCGGAUGACACGCAACGUCAACAAUCAGGAAAUGAACCGCAGUGGAACGUUGGCAGAAUUUGGACAGCAAGUACGGUCAGCCAAAGCAAUUGUUGUGACAGUUUUUAACUUCCUGGUCACAAUUAUUGCUACAUUCGCUUGCUCCUACAUGGGCAGUCAGUAUUUGUUCACAGAGACGACAUCGCGGGUGAUCUCUGCUGUGAUCGCUGCUUCUGUUGUGGGACUUGCUGAGCUCUACGUCCUGGUGCGGACGAUGGAGGGGGAACUUGGGGAGCCGUAGAAUCACCAACCACAGGAAAAGGAGCAAUGAUGGACAAUAGCAGCUUAAUGGAUCUGAAUGUGUACUGAAUAUCUGUUGGACGUCGGAUCUGUGGCCCUCACCUUCCUUUUUUUUUUUAGUGUUCCAAUGAGGAUGUUCUUUUGUUUUUUAACUCACAAAUUAAGAAGUAAGGGAAUUCUCAGUUAUUUAUUUUUCUUUUCACCCUUGUAACAAAUUCAAUAAAAAUAUUGUUGAUAUAGUUUAUUUUUUAAUAUAACAAGUUCUAUUCUAGCAUUGGCCUGAGUUUUUGUAAACAAACUGGAUACUGCUAUAGUCUAUAGUCAACCAACUUCACUUUAUAUUGGAAAAAAAACACUGCAGUGGUGAAUAAAUGGAGAGUCCAAAAAGAGGGUGUCGUGUGGAAAUGCCAAGCUAGUCUUUUUUUCUUUCAAAACUGUCCUGUUGUGUGUUUUCCUAGCACCAUGGUGGGUCACAAUUGUUGGAGCUGGUUAUGUAAGAAGAUUUUUACACUGCCUAAAAGCCCUCUGAAAUUCCAUGUCACUACUUCACGCUUCUUGUUCAAUAAUUUACGUCGAGAGAACUUGGUUGCUAUUUGAAACCCAGACCAAGGACUGCAUCAGUUGGAACAUUGUUCAGUUAAAAUAAACAAUAGCCAAAACAUCCUUGCUCACCAGACACUGUAUCCUGCUUAAAACCUGAAACCCUUCACAACCAGUCGGUUCUUUAAAUGUGAAAUUACAAAAGACAACACACAAGAAGGUAUUCCAGAAAUAUAUACACAGCCAUUCAACUCCGACUUUCGGUCUCUAUGCCCAAAAACGGUGGUGUUCAUCUGAAUGUGUUAGAUCUUUUUAGUGUAUUUGUCUUGCAAAAAAUAAAGUUAAAAAAGUAUACAUUGAAAUUUCAUUUAAAGUAUUUUUGGGAAAAAUUAGGAUGCUCCACGUCACUUUAUGAAGCAUACAAGAUGAAAAGAAACAUGUACAGGUGAAGAUGAAGAGAAAAAUAAAUAAUAAGCCAGAGUCACAAAGAAGAAGUAGAUGACCUUUCAAUAUGAAUAUGAGCUUCACAGGGAGAAUUACAGUGGUGGAAAAAUAUUUACGGACACCCCACGCUAAUGGAUGUGCAUUACUAAAUAUUAACCUUUUCAGACCUGAGCUUCUCUUGAGUUUUGCUUUUUGCAGUUUGAUACAGAAAGUGCUUAGGAGUAAAAAAAAAAGACUUGAAAGGAAAGUUGAUUUUGCUACAACGAAUGACCAUGUUUGUGGACAAUUAUUAAUAAUGUAAAUGAUAGUCUGACUGUAUGAUAUUUCCAUGUCAUAUGAAGCUGGAGACUUUAUUGUACAUGUUGAAUAUACACUAGAUUCAUUCUCAAAACUUGAACCGAAUGUUCUAUCCUAUUUUGUUUUCAUUCAGGUGUGUCAGUAUGUGCACCAUCCUUAUAUGGGCAGCGUUCCUCAUUGUGGCUAUGAGAUCAACAUUUUAAAAAACAAAAUAACAUGCGUUGUUGAAAGGCAAAAAUGUCCACCUAUGUGUAGGGCAGUGGCGAGCCAUCAGGGCCAGCAAGGCCUUCUCUGCUGGCCUAACAUAAGUGGAAAUCAUGAGCAUAUUUGACAAAAGUCAAUUUCAUUUUUAAUGUAUAUAUAAUAAUCAUACUCAUGUCACAGUAUAUCCCAGUGAGUUUUUAUCCAAUUAGAAUUCACAUCCAGUCCAGCGG